AUGAAGGGUCCAAGCUUUGGUCUUCUUGGAUUGGCAUCUUUGGCCUCGGCCUACGCCGAUCAACCUUACUAUGCCAAUUUGACAUGGGAGGCUCCUCGAACAUUGUCAAACUGGUCCAAUCUUACCGUUGAAACUGAUACGGGAACCUUCAUCGGAAUGUUGAAUGAUACCUACCCAAACGUCCGGCAAUUUCUUCGAGUUCCAUAUGCUAAGCCACCUAUUGCGGAUCUUCGUUGGAUGCCUCCUCAAAAACUCGAAAAGUCGAAGAAAAGGAUCGACUCGACGUUUUACGGCCCCGCUUGCCCCCAAUACGUGACUUCUCCCUGGAGCUUUUGGAAUGAAUAUGAACCACCAAACCUUCUCGUCAACAUUGGCGAAACGUUGGAUCAGGGCUCAACUGCCUGGUCUUCGGCUGAAGAUUGUCUAUCAAUGGCAGUUUGGACUCCUGCAUAUGCCAAUAAAACAUCGAAACUCCCCGUCUCUUUGUUCGUCACUGGUGGAGGUGGCAUCACAGGAGGAAUUCAGAUUCCUUCUCAGCUACCGGCUAAUUGGGUAUCGCGAUCUCAAGAACAUAUUACCAUUACCAUCAAUUAUCGGUCGAAUAUUUUUGGAAACCCCAAAUCCAGAGCACUGAAUGAAACAUCUCUCACUCUUUUAGAUGUGAGGGCUGCAGUCGAGUGGGCUUAUGACCACAUCGAAGCAUUCGGAGGUGACAAAGAUAAUAUCAUGCUUUGGGGUCAAUCGCAAGGAGGAAUCCUCACGCAUCUGUAUACACUUGCUUGGCCCGAGAACCCCCUUGCUGCCAAGUUCGGCGUUAUAUCACAAGGGGCUUCGGCCACAUUGAACCUCUCGACUGUGGAUGAUGUUUAUCAAGAUUUUGAUAUUGUCGCCAAGGGUCUCGGUUGCAACUAUGGUGAUGAUGCAGAGGCUGAGCUCGAGUGCAUGCGACAAAUUUCGUGGGUUCAGAUUGAAGAGUUCAUUAACCGCUAUAAUUCUACCCCGGCAAUCGCUUUCACAAACUAUAUGCCGGAUGAAAGAUACAUAUUCUCAGACGAAACGGCUCGGUAUGCCAAAGGAAAGGUGGCACGGGGCCCAGUAAUCCGAUCCGACACUGCUAGAGAGUUCCCUAGCACCAAUACCACCGAAGUCAACGAAGAAGAAGGGGUGGCAGACUGUUUGGCUCUGUCGGAUUCGAAUCUGCGCCAAUCCAUUGGCCUUCAAACCCAUCGAUACUACUGGGCCGGGAACUUCACCAACAUUAGUCCGGUGCCGUGGCUUGGGGCCUUCCACUGGACGGAUUUGUUCAUGAUCUUCGGUACUUACAUGUUGGAUGUCGGCAAAGUUAGCAAAUUGGAAGUUGACACUUCCAAGACGAUGCAAGAUCUUUUCCUCAAAUUCUUGAAAAACUCCUCGUCAUUCAGUGAAACUGCCCACUGGCCUGCUUUCAAUUCCAGCGCACUCAACGGGGGCGCUGUCCUUGAAUUCGGAAACGGGACAACUAGAAAGACAGUGACCGGCGAUUGGCUUGACGCUGGUUGCUACAACUCUUCAAGUCAAUUCAGAAUCUGGGGAUGA